AUGGUCGUUAAAAGGCCAUUGUUCCUAUUGCUACAUUUGUCGGCUGCACGUCAAAUUACGAAUCAACCUUUUCCAACUGAAUGGGAUCACCGCAAUGCAAGUAGAUGGAUUUCAGAUUUUCCACAAUGUGGAGGAACACGACAGUCACCGAUAAAUUUGGAUAAUCGUGAUACUAUUGGCUCAAAUAUUCCCCCAUUGCAAUUCAAAAACUACGCAAAGCCUUUUUUUCGUAGACUUAUGCUGGUAAAUAACGGGCAUACAGCGAAUAUUGCAAUACCCGAAACUGUUCGUGGUACACGACCAAUCAUUAGCGGUGGUCUGCUGAAUGGUGUCUACGAAGCGCAAUCGGUGCAUUUCCAUUGGGGCUCGCCAGGUGCUAAGGGUUCUGAACAUACUAUAAACGGUUACCGUUAUGAUGCCGGAAUUCAUAUUGUGCAUAAAAAUAUGAAGUACGGCAACAAAGAAGAGGCUAGCCGAUUUCCAGAUGGUCUGGCUGUGCUGAGCAUUAUAAUUAGCAUUGUGGAUAACCCCGACAGGUCUUAUCCGGGACUGAAUAAGGUUUUCAAUAAAUUACCAAGAAUUGCAGUGGCUGGAACUAAUGCAACUCUAGAUCACGAAUUAACACUUAACAACUUCCUAGGGGAUGUGGAUACGACAAAUUUUUUCGCCUACAGAGGCUCACUUACCACACCAACCUGCGCGGAGGCCGUUACCUGGCAUGUCUUUGCGAAACCACUUUUAAUAGCACGCGAAAUGGUUCAAAAGUUAUUCCACCUAAAACAGAAAAGUGGCGCACCGCUAUUAAAUAACUUCCGGCCUCUGCAAGCGUUGAACGGACGUGCAGUAUAUAGACGCAAAGGAUAGCAAAUAAUUACAGAUAUAACUUAUACAAAUACCAACCACAAUGGUG